AUUAAUCGUAUUAUUAGACAAACUGCUUCAGCAGCUGGCAAAACAGCAGGAACACGUCGAUUCUGCUUCCUUGGUUACAGGGAGUGAUAGUACACUUGACCUUCAGAGGAGCAGGGUCACAGAGAGGGCAUUUUUAAACAAUUCUGUCUGGUUUCAGUGAUUGGAAUCUUCACUAAUGGAACCUGGAUGCAAAUUCUGUGAAUAGACUGUAAUUGACCUCUGUAUUCUUGUUGGAUUGUUUUGGCCUGAGAGGUUUGCUGAGGAAAAAUGUAAAUAAAGCUGCAGGAAGGAUUUGACACUGUACAGACUGUUCAGACAUCAUUAUCUGAAUCUCCAGUGAUGACCAGCCCCUCUCAACGCAUCCAAAUUAUCUCUACAGACUCUUCUGUAGCUUCACCACAGCGCAUUCAGAUUGUGACAGAUCAGCAAACAGGACAGAAAAUCCAGAUAGUUACAGCAGUGGACUCAUCAGUGUCUCCGAAGCAACAGUUUAUCUUGGCCAGUCCAGAUGGAACUGGAACGGGAAAGGUGAUAUUGGCAGCACCUGAAACAUCUAAUGCCAAGCAACUUAUCUUUACCACCACUGACAACAUUGUACCAGGCAGAAUUCAGAUUGUGACAGACUCUGCUUCAGUGGAACGUUUGUUGGGUAAAGCUGAUGUGCAGCGACCACAAGUAGUAGAAUAUUGUGUUGUUUGUGGAGAUAAAGCAUCAGGUCGUCACUAUGGCGCUGUCAGUUGCGAGGGAUGCAAAGGUUUCUUUAAAAGGAGUGUAAGGAAGAAUUUGACCUACAGUUGUCGUAGCAACCAGGACUGUAUCAUCAAUAAACACCAUCGGAAUCGUUGCCAGUUUUGUAGGCUUAAGAAAUGCCUAGAGAUGGGCAUGAAAAUGGAAUCGGUUCAGAGUGAAAGAAAGCCUUUUGAUGUGCAACGGGAGAAACCAACCAACUGUGCAGCUUCAACUGAAAAAAUCUAUAUCAGGAAAGACCUAAGAAGCCCUCUCAUAGCAACUCCAACAUUUGUAGCAGAUAAAGAUGGCACCCGGUCAACGGGUCUUCUUGAUCCAGGAAUGCUUGUGAAUAUUCAGCAGCCAUUGAUACGGGAUGAUGGUACAGUCCUGCUAACUACAGACUCCAAGGCUGAGACAAGUCAGGGUGCUUUAGGAACACUGGCAAAUGUUGUAACAUCCCUUGCCAGCCUCACUGAGUCACUUAAUAAUGGAGAUACCUCUGAAAUCCAACAAGAGGAUCAAUCUGCAAGUGAGAUCACUCGGGCAUUUGAUACUUUAGCUAAAGCACUUAAUACCACAGAUGGCACAGUAGCUCAGAACUUGGCAGAUGGGAUGGAUCCUACAGGAGGAGGGAAUAUUCAUGUAAUCAGCAGAGAUCAGUCAACACCAAUAAUUGAAGUGGAAGGACCCCUACUUACAGAUACACAUGUCACAUUUAAGCUAACAAUGCCUAGUCCAAUGCCAGAGUACCUUAAUGUACAUUACAUCUGUGAGUCAGCAUCACGACUGCUUUUCCUCUCAAUGCACUGGGCUAGAUCCAUCCCUGCUUUCCAAGCACUUGGACAGGACUGUAACACAAGCCUAGUUCGUGCCUGCUGGAAUGAGCUGUUUACCUUAGGCCUAGCACAAUGUGCACAGGUGAUGAGUCUAUCUACUAUCCUAGCAGCUAUCGUCAACCACCUGCAGAACAGCAUACAGGAAGAUAAGCUUUCCGGAGACAGAAUAAAGCAAGUCAUGGAACACAUCUGGAAACUUCAGGAAUUCUGUAACAGCAUGGCCAAGCUUGAUAUUGAUGGAUAUGAAUAUGCAUACCUUAAAGCUAUAGUCCUCUUUAGCCCUGAUCACCCUGGUCUGACGAGUUCAAGCCAAAUAGAAAAAUUCCAAGAGAAGGCACAGAUGGAAUUGCAAGACUAUGUCCAAAAAACCUAUCCAGAAGAUACUUAUAGGUUAGCCCGGAUUCUAGUUCGCCUACCAGCACUUAGACUGAUGAGCUCUAGUAUUACAGAGGAACUUUUUUUUACUGGCCUCAUAGGAAAUGUUCCGAUUGACAGCAUAAUCCCAUACAUCCUCAAAAUGGAAACAGCAGAGUAUAAUGGUCAAAUAACUGGCACGUCUGCAUAGUCGGAACAAUGCAACUUGAUGGAUCAAAGUAAUUUUAGUAAAACAAGUAACUACACAAUUAAGAGAAAUAAGUUUUUUUUAAAAAAUGACAUUUUGGUAUGUACAAAUAUUUCCAACAUGUUACCAGUUUCCUACCAGACUGCUCCCUGUCUAUUUAUUUCCAGUGACAAAGUAUAAAAAGCUCUUAAAACACCUCCAACUAGGAUCCUUUUCUGCCACAAGGAGUGUUUUGAUGCCUUUCAUUCAAAAGGCUGUAGAUUACUGAACAUACUUUUAACAUGCUUUGUAUUUAGAAAUUAUCAAUGGGCAAAAAUAGAGUUUUAUAAUGUCAGAGAUUAGUAUUAAAAAUUGCUAAAAGAAGAACAGUAUGUAUAUAUUUAAAAUUUUCCUUGGAAUUAAUAUCUAAUAAUUACCAGGGUAUAAUGAUGAUAGCACUUUCUAAGCACUUCUUGUCAAAGCGAUAAUGUCAUCAACAUUUUUGCUUAUGAGCAGGGCAAAUGGAAAAUUGCAUAUGUUUUUGGUCAAAAUGCUAGUAAUUUCUGUGAAGGCUAUAGGAGACAAUCAUUUAUACUACAAAAAAUUGCUAUUAAUAAUGUUAUGCAUUUAAUGGUAAAGUGGAAAUUUAAAGCAAAUUUCUACACUGUUAGCACUAAACUCUGCUAAAUUAGUGAAAAUGAGGUUUAUUUGACAUAAGCAUAGUAACUAUAGUAUAAUUAGCAGCAUUAAUAAAUGCUACAGAAAUUGCCCAAAUUGGAAGGCAGAAUACCAGUUUCUUGCCAUAGUAAUAAAGAAGCUUUCAGAUUCCUGAAAGUUUCAAUUCCAGCCUGGCAUAGAUGUUUACACAGUCAUGAUAGAUGUUAUUCCAACAGGACGACUUUUGGUUGUGGGGGAAAUCAAUCAUGGGGGAAAUCAGUCAUUAACUGGCAGGGAAGCAAUCCUUUCAAAUAAAGUCAUGCGCUCCUAGGCUCUGUGUAUACUUUUUAUAUUUCCAAAUUCAUUCCUUCUGUCUGCAGCCUUAAAUGACCCUCACCUUCCUAGGAGCCAAAGGGGAUGAUUGUGACUUCGUUAGAGCCCAUAAUGCUGCUGUCAGCUAUGGGAUAAGUGCAGAACAUGAAAUUCUCUUCCUUUCCCACGGACUGAGCAUCCUGACUUUGCAGUGCUCCGUACCCCAUUCUGACCCAGUUCUAAAUUGGAGUGUCAGCUGGGUUUUUUAUAUUCAUUCAUGUGCAGUUACAGUUAAUGACGAUUGUUUGGAGUUAGAAUACUAACGAUCUUUGUUUUUAUCUUGGGUAGUAACCUAUCAAGUUGUUUUAUAGGAUUCACCUGUUCCUGCUAAUAUUGCAUUUAUUUUAGUAUAAUUUAUUAAUAUUAACACUGAACAUUUUAAACAAUCAAAAUUCAUAAAAAAGUAUUUUGUCAGAAGAGCUAUAGCUGCAUUAAGCUGAUUCUUGCUUAUUACAUACAUUCAUUAAUUACUUUAAUGAACUUACAUGGCAGUGUCAUUUUCUACUUGCAUACUUGUGUGUGACAAAAAUAUAAAUAAUGAAUUCAGCACUUUUUUGUUUCUGGUAUUGGCAUUGAUUAGAAACAUUCCAACAGGGUAGGUUUUUGUCUCUAGAGGGUCUGAACUAUAGCCAAAGGAUUUUGAGCAACUCCUUGCUAAUGUAUUAGUAAGUCCUGUCUUGGUACAAUUCACCCUU